AUGGCGAGCCCGCCGGAGCACGGGCCCCCCGGGCCGGCGGGCGGGGACGGCCCCAACCUCAACAACAACAACAACAACAACAACCACAGCGUGCGCAAGUGCGGCUACCUGCGCAAGCAGAAGCACGGCCACAAGCGCUUCUUCGUGCUGCGCGGGCCCGGCGCGGGCGGCGACGAGGCGGGAGCGGGCGGGGGCCCGGCGCCGCAGCCGCCGCGGCUCGAGUACUACGAGAGCGAGAAGAAGUGGCGGAGCAAGGCGGGCGCCCCGAAGCGGGUCAUCGCGCUCGACUGCUGCCUGAACAUCAACAAGCGCGCCGACGCCAAGCACAAGUACCUGAUCGCCCUCUACACCAAGGACGAGUACUUCGCCGUGGCGGCCGAGAACGAGCAGGAGCAGGAGGGCUGGUACCGCGCGCUCACCGACCUGGUCAGCGAGGGCCGCGCGGGCGCCGGCGACGCGCCCCCCGCCGCCGCCGCCACCUCCGGGUCCUGCAGCGCCUCCCUGCCCGGCGCCCUGGGCGGCUCGGCGGGCGCCGCCGCGGCCGAUGACAGCUACGGGCUGGUGGCGCCGGCCACGGCCGCCUACCGCGAGGUGUGGCAGGUGAACCUGAAGCCCAAGGGCCUAGGCCAGAGCAAGAACCUGACGGGCGUGUACCGCCUGUGCCUGUCGGCGCGCACCAUCGGCUUCGUGAAGCUCAACUGCGAGCAGCCGUCGGUGACGCUGCAGCUCAUGAGCAUCCGCCGCUGCGGCCACUCGGACAGCUUCUUCUUCAUCGAGGUGGGCCGCUCGGCCGUCACGGGCCCCGGCGAGCUGUGGAUGCAGGCGGACGACUCGGUGGUGGCGCAGAACAUCCACGAGACCAUCCUGGAGGCCAUGAAGGCGCUCAAGGAGCUCUUCGAGUUUCGGCCGCGCAGCAAGAGCCAGUCGUCCGGCUCGUCGGCCACGCACCCCAUCAGCGUGCCCGGCGCGCGCCGCCAUCACCACUUGGUCAACCUGCCCCCGAGCCAGACGGGGCUGGUGCGCCGCUCGCGCACCGAUAGCCUGGCCGCCACCCCGCCCGCCGCCAAGUGCAGCGCGUGCCGGGUGCGCACGGCCAGCGAGGGCGACGGCGGCGCGGCGGCGGCGGCGGCGGGGGGGGGCCCCGGGGCGGGGUCCGGGGCGGCGGCGGUGGGCGGCAGGCCGGUGUCGGUGGCGGGCAGCCCCCUGAGCCCGGGCCCGGUGCGCGCGCCACUGAGCCGCUCGCACACGCUGAGCGGCGGCCGCGCGGGCAAGGCGGCGCUGGCGCCGGCAGGGGGCGGCCUGCAGCACAGCCGCUCCAUGUCCAUGCCCGUGGCGCACUCGCCCCCGGCGGCCACCAGCCCCGGCAGCCUGUCGUCCAGCAGCGGGCACGGCUCGGGCUCCUACCCGCCGCCCCCCGGCCCGCACCCGCACCUGCAGCACCCCCUGCACCCCCAGCGCCCCUCCAGCGGCAGCGCCUCGGCCUCGGGCUCCCCCAGCGACCCCGGCUUCAUGUCCUUGGACGAGUACGGCUCCAGCCCCGGGGACCUGCGGGUCUACUGCGGCCACCGGAGCAACACGCCCGAGUCCGUCGCCGAGACGCCCCCGGCGCGGGACGGCAGCGCGGGCGAGCUGUGCGGCUACAUGGCCAUGGAGCGGCCGCUGAGCCACUGCGGCGUCCGCGCCUACCGCAGGGUCUCCGGGGACGGCGUCCCGGACUUGGACCGAGGGCUGAGGAAGCGGACUUACUCCCUGACCACGCCUGCCCGGCAGCGGCCGGCGCCCCAGCCGUCCUCCGCGUCCCUGGACGAGUACACGCUGAUGCGGGCCACCUUCUCGGGCAGCUCCGGCCGCCUGUGCCCGUCCUGCAGCGCGUCCUCUCCCAAAGUGGCCUACCACCCGUACCCCGAGGACUACGGCGACGUCGAGAUCGGCUCACACCGCAGCUCUAGCAGUAACCUGGGCGCGGACGACGGCUACGUGCCCAUGACCCCCGGCGUGGCCCUCCUGGGGGCGGGCAGCGGGAGCUGCAAGAGCGACGACUACAUGCCCAUGAGCCCCACCAGCGUGUCGGCCCCGAAGCAGAUCCUGCAGCCACGCCCCGGGCCCGCCGCCUUGCCCCCUGCGGGGCCAGCGGUGCCCACGCCCGCCUCGGCGGCCAGCAGGGCCUUCCCGGGCACUGCGGGCGGCUACAAGACCGGCUCCCCGGCCGAGAGCUCCCCCGAGGACAGCGGGUACAUGCGCAUGUGGUGCGGUUCCAAGCUGUCCAUGGAGAGCGCCGACAGCAAGCUGCUGCCCAACGGGGACUACCUCAACAUGUCCCCCAGCGACGCGGGCACCGCGGGCACCCCGCCCGACUUCUUCUCUGCUGCGGGGGAGACGCUGCGGGGCGUGCCCGGCUACUGCUAUAGCUCCCUGCCCCGCUCCUACAAGGCCCCCCAUGCCUGCCACGGCGACAGCGACCAGUACGUGCUCAUGAGCUCACCCGUGGGCCGGGUCCUGGAGGAGGAGCAGCUGGAGCCGGCCCCCGGCCCCGCGCAGGCGGCCAGUGCCUUCCCGGCCGCGGCGGCUGGCAGCGGCCACCCCCAGCCACCCCACCCCGCCGUGCCUUCACCUGGGAGGCCAGGCGGUGGCGGAGGUAGCCGCCCCGACGGCUUCCUGGCUCAGCGCUGCCGGGCAGUGCGGCCUACGCGCCUGUCCCUGGAGGGGCUGCCGGCCCUGCCCCGCAUGCACGAGUACCCGCUGCCCCCCGAGCCCAGGAGUCCGGGCGAGUAUAUCAACAUCGACUUCGGGGAGGCCGGCGCGCGACUGUCGCCGCCCGCGCCCCCGCUCCUGGCCUCGGCCGCCUCGUCGUCGUCGCUGCUGUCCGCCAGCAGCCCGGCCUCGUCCCUGGGCUCCGGCACCCCGGGCACGAGCGGGGACAGCCGGCAGCGCUCCCCGCUCUCCGACUACAUGAACCUCGACUUCAGCUCGCCCAAGUCGCCGCAGCCGGGCGCCCAGGGCCGGGACCCCGUGGGCUCCUUGGACGCUCUGCUGUCCCCCGAGGCCUCUGUGUACCCGCCGCUGCCCCCUCGCCCGGCUGCCUCCUCCUCGGCCCUGCAGCCGCCACCCCCGCCGCCCCCGCCGGGUGAGCUGUACCGCUUGCCUGCGGCAACCACCUCCCAGGGCCCAGGCGCGGCCUCCUCGUCCUCGGACACGGGGGACAACGGUGACUACACCGAGAUGGCCUUCGGCGUGGCCGCCACCCCACCGCAACCAAUCGCGGCGCCCCCGAAGCCCGACGGUGCCCGCGUGAGCAGCCCCGUGUCUGGCCUCAAGAGGCUGAGUCUCAUGGAUCAGGUGUCAGGGGUCGAGGCCUUCCUGCAGGCCGGUCAGCCCCCAGACCCGCACCGGGGGGCCAAGGUCAUCCGCGCGGACCCGCAGGGGGGCCGCCGCCGCCACAGCUCCGAGACCUUCUCCUCGACCACCACUGUGACCCCCGUGUCCCCGUCCUUCGCUCACACCCCCAAGCGUCACAAUUCGGCCUCGGUGGAGAACGUUUCUCUCAGGAAAGGCAGCGAAGGGGGCUGCGGCGGCGGCCUGGGUGGGGGUGACGAGCCCCCCUCGUCGCCGCGCCAGUUGCCCCCGCCGACGCCGCAGCAGGCGCGGGCCUGGACGCCGGCUCAGCCCGGCGGCAGCCUGGUUGGUUGUCCCGGGGGCAACAGCUCGCCGAUGCGCCGGGAGACGUCCGCAGGCUUUCAGAAUGGCCUCAACUACAUCGCCAUCGACGUGAGGGACGAGCCAGGGCUGUCACCGCCCCUGCAGCAGCACCCACACGGGCAGAUGGGCGACAGGAGCGCCUGGGGCCGCACCCGGAGCCUCGGGGGUCUCAUCAGCGCCGUGGGCGCUGCCAGCCCCGCCGGGGUGUGCGGGGGGCCAGGCCCGGGUGCCCUGCCUGGGGCCAACGCCUACGCCAGCAUCGACUUCUUGACGCAUCACCUGAAAGAGGCCACAGUGGUGAAAGAGUGA